AUGAGAUCUCCAAUCCCAGCAAACGUCGACACAGACGUCGCGAUCAUCGGGGGAGGCAUGUCGGGAAUCGGCCUUGCGGUACAGCUCCAGAGGAAGUAUCCUGGUGUUACGUUCAAGAUCUUCGAAAAGCUCAACGACAUUGGUGGCACAUGGGCCAUUAACACCUACCCUGGAUGUGGAGUUGAUGUACCAUCGCAUUUCUACUCAUACUCAUUUGCGCUGAACCCGGACUGGUCCCAGAAGUUUGUCAUGCAGCCCGAGCUUCUGCAGUACUUUCACGACGUAGCACGCAAGUGGAAUUUGGCACCGCGCACACAUCUGCAGCACACUGUUGAAAAGGCAGCAUGGGACUCCCAAACCUCGACUUGGGUUAUCGAUGUUUAUGAUCAGACCCAGAAGAGUCGAUUUCAGGUGCGCUCUCGAGCCCUUGUUUCUGCUGUUGGUGCCUUGAGCCUACCCAAGGAAUGUGACAUCCCAGGCCACGAGGAGUUUACCGGCAAGAUUUUUCACUCGGCGCGCUGGGACCACUCAUUCGACCAUGCUGGAAAGGAAGUCCUCGUAUUGGGAAAUGGAUGCAGUGCGACACAAUUCGUACCAGUGGUCAGUGAAAAGGCAAAGAAAGUCGUGCAGGUGGCUCGACAGCCACACUGGCUUCUGGAAAGGCCUAAUCCAAAGUACUCCUCAGCGUUCAAGGCUGUCAUGCGCUAUGUUCCGGGGGCCAUGAAGAUGCUGCGGGCCAAGAUCUACGCAGACCUUGAGGCAGAGUGGCUCAUGUUUGAUAACAAAACUGGCAUCGCCGCUCGAGAAAGGCUGUCGAAGGAUUCGAAGGCAUACAUCAGAAAAGCUGCACCGCCACAAUACGUUGACGCUCUGAUUCCCAAGUUCGAGGUUGGCUGCAAGCGAAGAGUCUUUGACACGGGCUUCCUCGCAUGUUUGCACCAGGACAAUGUGGAAUUAGUCCACGACGAUGCGGUCGAGAGAUUGACCAAGGAUUCGGCCAUCUUCAGGUCGGGCCGAGAAAUCCACAUUGACGCCGUUGUCCUGGCCACUGGCUUCCAAACGACGACCUUGUUGAGCAACCUGAACAUUAUAGGACGCGAUGGCAUCUCCAUCCAUGACCAUUGGCAAGUUCAGAACGAGGGUCUCCCACAAGCUUACUAUGGCACCUGUGUCGCGGGUUUCCCCAAUUUCUUCAUCAUGAUGGGACCCAACACAGUCAAUGGCCAUCUCUCGGUCAUUUUCUCAAGCGAAUGCCAGAUCAACUUUGCCUUGAACAUGCUACAUCCGAUCCUCAAGAACUCCCAGCGUGGAGGCGCUCGACAAGUCUCGGCUGUUGAGGUUACUCAAUCCGCAGAAAAUGAGGAGAAUCGCUGGAUUCAGGACAGAGCCAGGAAUCUGGUCUGGUCAUCGGGGUGUACAAACUGGUACGUCGAGCCCAAGUCUGGAAAGAAUCUCAUGGUGUACCCGGAGUGGCAAUGGCACUUUUGGCUUCGCAGCUUUGUGGUGGACUACUCCAAGUUUGUCUAUACCAGUGUCGAUGGAAAGGCUGUCCGGCUGCGCAACUUCUGGACGACUUGUGUGACUGGGCUUUUGGUUUUCCUCGCGGCAGUUCAUCUUCUCUAG